AUGAAGAUAUGCUUAGAGCGGAAAGUUCUCAGUUUCCAUCUAAACCUUAAGAAUCGUUUAGGUAUAACAUUUAUUAGAUCACAAUCCAAAUCCGCUUGUAAUGAAGCUGUGCAUAAAUUCCUAACAGCGUAUCCUAUUGGCCAUAUUUUCAGAGCUAAAAAUGGGAAACAGAAAUUAAUAGAACUUCAUAAUAUGCUUCAAAAUAUUGAUAACGUUAACGAAUUAACUACCACAAAACGGUUUAUGGGUAGAAAAUUUGGCAAUCUUUACAGUGUUCUUUUAUUCAAAUUAACCCAAAUUUCCGAUAAGCCAAAUUUUGUGAGAAUGCUAAUGAUACUAAGAUACGGUGAAAAUCAAAGACAGGCUUUUCAAAAUUGUCUCUUUGAUAUCGUAUCAGAUAAAAGUUUAACGAAUGAUUUGAAAAUAACUGAAUUGUACCAAGUAAUAAGCAUUCAAAAUCAAUUAUUUCCUUUAGUAAGUAAAAAUUCUCCAGUUGUAUUACCUACAGCAAUUCAUAAAUGGUUUCUCACAAAUCUAACGAAAGAGCAAUAUCCAAGCCAUUAUUUAUUUCUCAUAGAAAAUAACGUUAAUUUAUCAUCUUGUGUGUUUAUACAUGAAUUAAGAUCAAGACUAUUGAAUGGGAAUAUAGAGAAUCUACGAUUGGUCACAUUUCAAAGGUUUUUAAUAAACGGUCAAAAGGAUGUCUUUAUGGAUAAGUUUAUCAAAUUGUAUGAUUUUGAAAUAAUUAUCCAAUUAUUUUCCUUAUUAUUGAAAAAAAAGGAUUUCAGAUAUGUAGAAUAUUAUUUUGCAGCAUUACUGAAAACCUUACAAAUUGACUCAAAAUUUCACAAGGUUAAACCAUCUGAUGGCAUUAGUAUAUCAGAAUCUAAAUUAAUUCAAUUCCAUGAUCUUAUGUUGUAUUAUAUAUCUCAACAAGGAACCAUUCCUAUGUUUAUUAGAUUUUUUAAUACUCAAAUUGAAUUUAUUAAUAAUAUAAAGGGUUUAAAUGAAAACUGCAAGCUUAAACUUCUACAUAAAUCCUUGCAUAUGCUACUACAUAUGUUAAACAAACAUUCUAAACAGGAUGAAAUACUAGGGAUUAUUUCAAUGAUUUCUAAAAAUAAGAAUUUCAAUUCCAAAGAUCUUCAACAGAAAAUAUUUAGCAGAUAUAUUAUGCAAGAGUUGAUCAAUAUGGUUAGCACUUUCGAAGAUCCAAAGCUUACUUGCAAAUAUAUUUUAUCAAUGCAUAGUAUUAAGCCAACUCUCAAAAUUUUAAAUAAUUUAGGUCUAUGGCAUGGGAUAUUCCACAAUAAACCUUUAAUAUUAAGUGACAACCAACUUACAGAGGAGAUAGAAUCAAUAAAAGGAUUGUUACCUGUCAAUAAAAGAAUUAAUUUAAUACCAUCAAUAUUUGAAUUAGUUGAAUUGUAUAAAGUUUUGCUAAAAUCAAAUGCCAAAUUGUUAUCAAAAUCAGAUUUCCGUACGUUUAUUUUUGGAUUAUAUUCAAAUUUUAAAAGCUUACAAAGCUCAAAAAUUAAGGAUUCCAUUUUAAUACUGAAUAUUAUCCUGUAUCAUAUUCGAUAUUCUUUGAAAGAUAACUCUCUGGCCGUAGAUAUUUUGAUUGACUAUUUUAAUCAAGAAAAAAUACCUUAUAUGACACAUAUUUAUGCAACAAAAUGUCCAUUUUCUAUAGUUUUAUAUGGGAAUCAUCUAUCUCAGAGUAAAAUUAAUAUCAUUGAAGAAUUAAUAGAAAGACACAAGUACCCUUUAACUUUUGAGAUAUGCAUAUCGAUGGUAUUUCAUUACAUCAAUCUAAGACAAGAGGAAAAGGCGCAUGCAUGGUAUAAACAAAUUAUUACCAAAGGAUACGAACUUCGUCACUUUGGCUUAAUCCAACUUAUUAAGGAAAAAAUUUGGGAGUUACCCACUAAUACUACUAUAAAAAUGCUGGAGGAGAAACAAAAUUCUGAUGACAAUGGACUAGAGGAAAUUAUUCCAACGGACGAAUGGGAUAACAGAUCUUCUAGUCUUAUUGAUGUAGAUUUAGAGCUGAAAAAAUUAAUAGAAGCGUUUACCUCUACAGUGUCUGUAUCAGAAUCUGUUUGA